CUUUUUUCUCCGUUGCUUACUUUCUCUUCUUAUCUUUUUUUUUCGUAAGUCCGACUGCUUGGCUUCAGAUGCAAGUGAACUGAACCUCCAGCCAGCCGGUCUGGCCGCUAGUACACUCUUGGAUUUUCUGAACAAGCAAAAACAAUAAUAUCCUCUUUCGUAUACUCUCAGCGAGUCGGUCUGCAACACCGGCAAACACUACCACCAUGUAUGUGGCGAGAAAGUACCGCAAUGACAGGCUUAUUUUCAUCUUAAUCGCCCUGGAGCUACCGUUCAUCAUCAUCAUCCUCACAUUUACUGGUAUUGCUUCGCACAAUCGGUACCGGACCAAACUAUGGCAGGACGGCUAUGAUAAUGGCUUCAACAGCUCUCCUGACGCGGCUAUCUAUGCAGCUGCUAACUAUCGACCUUACACGACACCAAUGGUCUGGAGCUCCUUUGCCACGAAUUAUAAUUUAGUCAUUGCUAUUUUGAGCACGUUUAUCUUCAUCACCAAAUUUCCGCUUCAUGUCCUUCGCAUCCUAUACCCAGCCCCAUCAGCAUUUUUCCAUGCUGGGUUAGUGGCUAUCUACUGCGCAUCUGCCUCUUUUCAAGCAGGCAGCGACACAUCCGACCCAAGGCAUUUACAACGUGGCGCGCCGUGGUAUAUUGCCAAGAGCUGUAGUGUUGCUUACGAUAAAGGCAAUAUUGGAUAUUGCGAGCAAGCAAAGUCGCUCUUUGCAUUCACCAUCGUCAUUAUAGUUCUUUAUUUUGUCGAGUUUGUUGUUGCGGUUUACAACUGCUUCAUAACGGAUGAGGAGCGUGCUGAGCGUGAAGAAGCACUCGAAGAAAAAAGAACGAUGAAGGAAUACGAGGACAUGAUCCUGAAGUCUCCCAGCUUCAUACCUAUGACGCCCAGGGCUGUCCCCAUGAACCCCGGUACAGCGACAUAUCCUCUUCCAGCAAUGCCGGUGAUGAUACCCAGGAGUUUGGCGUUCAACCGACUGGACACCCCGAGCUCCUCCGAUCUCCCCCUCCGGGAAACUUUCAGCUCCCCAAACCCGCCGCCACCUGCGGUCCAGCAAGAGGUGGAGGCUGCUUCAUCUGUAAAACAGCCACAGCCUCAGAUAUAUUUCCCUCCACCCCCCAAGAAGGCGCUGAAAAAAUGAAACGCUUUCUCCUUUCUGCCUCAUUCCACAAUUAGGUUGUGCUGUCGGUCGAGUGUCUAUGAUGGGUGUGAGAAUGUUAUCACUUAUAUAGUGUUCUUACUUGUUGCUGAAAACUAUGAUGAUGAUGUCGAGUUUCCUUGUUGAACUCAUACGGAGUACCUAGUCAUGUUGAUACCAUUUUUUGCUUGCAGUGAAAGGGGGCACCAGGAGCAGCUUACCUCGCCAUUUAUUUAAUAUUGCCAAAUUAAUUGCGUCAUUACACUGGGCGCGUUCCAGGGGCCUUGGCCAGAAGCGCAAUAAUUAUGGUUUCCAUAUUGUUCGGGCAAGCUUUCUUCAUCAUCAUGGACGUUUACAUGGUUUAAGGCCGGUUUGCUUUUUCCAACGCAUUUUU